CAUGAAUGUGCUCUUCAUUGUUUCUGAUGACCUGCGUCCUGUUUUGGGCUGUUACGGAGACCUUGUCGUGAAAUCUCCAAACAUUGACCAGCUGGCCUCGCAAAGUGUUGUGUUCCAAAAUGCUUUUGCCCAACAAGCUGUAUGCGCACCCAGCAGAGUAUCAUUUCUCACUGGGCGCAGGCCAGACACCACCAGACUCUACGACUUUCAUUCGUACUGGCGGGUACACGCAGGCAAUUACUCUACGCUGCCCCAGUACUUCAAGGAGAAUGGUUACAUAACCAUGUCUGUAGGGAAAGUGUUUCACCCUGGGGUUUCAUCAAAUCGUAGUGACGACUAUCCGUACAGUUGGUCCGUUCCUCCUUUUCAUCCCUCCUCUGAAAAAUAUGAAAACACGAAAGUUUGCAAAGGGAAAGAUGGGCAACUUCACGCCAACCUUCUGUGCCCCGUGGAUGUUGCUGAGAUGCCUGAGGGUACCUUGCCAGAUAUCCAGAGCACUGGGGAAGCGAUCCGUUUAUUGAAGAUGGUGAAAGAAAACAACAGCAAAUUCUUUCUUGCCGUUGGGUAUCACAAACCACACAUCCCAUUCAGGUACCCUCAGGAAUUUCUCAAAUUGUACCCCCUGGAAAACAUCACCCUAGCCCCAGAUCCUGAUGUUCCUAAAGGAUUACCUUCUGUGGCAUACAAUCCCUGGAUGGACAUCAGACGUAGGGAUGAUGUUCAAGUGCUGAAUAUCAGCUUCCCUUAUGGGCUAGUUCCCGAAGACUUCCAGCGGCAGAUUCGUCAGAACUAUUUUGCAUCUGUCUCUUACUUGGAUGAGCAAGUUGGGAAGCUAUUGACCGCCUUGGAUGACGUGGGGCUCUCCAACAACACAAUUGUCGCGUUCACCGCAGACCACGGGUGGUCACUGGGCGAGCAUGGCGAAUGGGCCAAAUACAGCAACUUUGAUAUUGCAACUCGGGUCCCACUGAUGUUCUGUGUGCCUGGAAUGACAUCUCCUGUCUCUUACCCAGGAAACAGACGCUUCCCUUUUAUUGACCUCUUUGCCCAGGUUUCGAAACCUCUACCCCAAGGCAAACCCAAAGAAAUGGUCGAGUUGGUGUCUCUCUUCCCGACACUUGCUGAGCUUGCCGGAUUAAGAGUUCCCCCUCCUUGCCCUACGGCUUCGUUUCACGUCUCUCUGUGCACUGAGGGGCAAAGCAUGGUGCGGUAUUUCCCGAUCGCCAAGGGAGGGCAUGGAAGUGGCGGCAAUGAAGGCGAGCUCCACCGGCCACCGAUUGCUUUCAGCCAGUAUCCGCGUCCUUCCGAUACGCCUCAGAUGAACUCCGAUUUGCCGCUCCUUAAAGACAUAAGAGUGAUGGGCUAUUCCAUGCGCACUGCGACCUACAGGUGCACCCUAUGGCUGGGGUUCAAUCCCAGCAACUUUUCUGUGGACUGGCAUGACAUUCAUGCAGGAGAGCUGUAUUUUGCAGAAAGCGACCCUAACCAAGACCAUAAUAUGUAUCAAAGCGAGGGACACAGUCAUUUUGCCAAAAAGCUUUGCAGGAUUUUGGAGCACUGAGA